AUGUUCUGCGCCACCACGCGUGACGCCUUUCUUCGCAUUCCGCUCUUUUCACUCUCGCCUUUGGCCCAGACCGCCGGCACGUCAGCAGUUCUCGCCCAGUCCCACAUCGCCGAGGCUAUCGCGGCGCCCGGCCAUGUGACUCGCUUCGAGUGGGAGUUCACCCGUCUCGACUCGGGCACGCUCGUCACCGAAGUCGCCCUCACUGCCAUGCCCGAAAAGGUCAAGGGCAGGACGCUGCUCCAGGUCUCGAUCACCGACGUCUCCUCCACCGGGACCAUGCAGGACCGGAACUCCAAGCUCGCUGUCCUUCUCGCCACCAUGUCCGACGGCGUCAUUAUGGUCGGUGACGACGGCAUGAUCAUGGACCUGAACCCGUCGGCGCUCAUGAUGCUCAACUUGUACAACAUCAACGAUGUCAUCAACACGCCGUUCCUCUCACUCCUCGACAUGCGCGCCACCCGCGCGUUCAACGACCGCAAGGUUUCUGUCAACACCUCCGGCGGUGCCACGACUGGCGGCGGCGGCGGUGGCGAACUUCUUCGCUCGCCCCCGUCUGGCAAGUCACUCAACCUCUCGGCAGCAUCGAUGGUUUCGCACGAUGUGUCCGAGGCCCAAGAGGAGGUGGAAGAAGUCACUCCAUGUUCCGACCUCCGCUCAGCAGCGUCGAUCUCAGAGCAACUUGAGACUGUCGAGCUCAACGAACGGUCGUCGUCGUCAUCACCAUCGCCGUCAUCGUCGCUCGUUGUCGACUCGGACAACACUGACACCUCGUCACCAUCGACGGUAGUGCGCUCUCACCAGCGGUCAGCGAGUCAGCGGCGGCCGCUCCGCCGAAAGAUGUCGAACACGUCGAACACUUCGCGGCGCAAAGACUCGCUUGGUGCCGAUCCCCGUCUCGACGACAAGCGACAGCGGGUCAAGCCGCUCAAGCUCAAUGCCUCAGCCUCGGCGGCUCGCGAGCCGGUCUCCGUCUCGCCGCGAGCAGUCAGCGGGCGGCGGUCGUCGUCGCGCAAGGGCCGACGGACACCAUCAAGAACCCUCGGCCCUCGUCCGGCAACAGGCGUGGCACAAACCGAACGAUCCGAUGCAUGUGCCCGCUCUUACGGCUCGCUCCUUGCCGCCAUCGAAAAGUCGGGCUCGGCGCAGUCGCUCAUCUCACCAUCGUCGGCGCAGCCGUCGCCUAGAUCGCUGACACACACCAAGCGCGGACCGUUUUCGUCGAACCGACGCAAAGCGUCGCUCUCGCCGGCGCUGGCAGCGUCCAUGACCAGCUUGGCUGCAGGCGCUACCAGCCCAUCGGGAGUGCUGAGCGACGGAAGUGUUGCCGGUGGCGGCGAGAUGCGCCCAGGUGACGACGUCGUCUCGCUCGGGUUCUCAGCGCGGUCGGGCGUGCCAUCGGAGGCCUCAUUUGACUCGACCAUGUCGGGCGCAAUGUCCCCGGCCAAGUCUCCUCGGUCGCCGGCCGAUGCUUUGCGCGAGGGUGAGGGCCGCCGGUUCCUCAAGGUCUUCCGCUCGGUCAUGGGCCAGACAGUUACGCCGAUCAAGGUGGAGAUGUCGAUGUCGGAGGUCCACCUCUCGACCUCGCAGCAUAAGCGGGUCUUUACAGUUGUCUUUCGCGACUUGCGGUUCGAGGAGCAGCUGGCCAACCAGGAGGACAUGUAUCGCUGGCUCACCGCGCAUCUUGCGGAGCAGCCACCUGGCAUUGUUGUCUUUGACGUCAUUACGCACUCAAUCGGCGAGUUUAACUCGUCGGCCUCGGUUCUCCUGCGGCUUUCGCCCAAGCGCGCGCUAGAGCGCACCAUCAUCGAGCUUUUUGCGGACGACGACGGUCAGACGCUGGUCCAGUCGAUUCUGGCCUCCAACGGCGAGGACGUCCACUGUGACUUGCUUGCCAUCGCCGAGGACGAGUCUUUGGUGCCAGUCAACGUGGAUGUCAAGCACGUGGUUCUUGACGCCGGCCACAUAGCCAUUGCGUACCUCACGCCACGCCAGGUCGGCAAACGUAGUUCGCGCAAGCGUUGA